ACAACUGGCCAUCCAGGUGGCCAGUGAGGACUCCAGCUACAUGCCUGCCAGGAUCCUGAUCCUGGGAGGAGACGACCCGACCAACAUCAACACUGAGCUCAACACAGUCAAUGUGGCACCCUCUGCCAGCCGGGUGGUUCUGCUGGAAAACAUGACCCGCUUCUGGUCCAUUAUCCAGAUCAGGAUCAAGAGAUGCCAGCAGGGUGGGAUCGACACUCGGGUCCACGGCUUUGAGGUUCUGGGUCCAAAGCCCACAUUCUGGCCCGUAUUCAAGGAGCAGCUGUGCCGUCGCACCUACCUGUUCUACAGCACCAAGGCCCACACCUGGUGUCAGGAGGUGGUGGAGGACAAGACGCAGCUGCUGCAGCUCUUUAACAA